ACCUGAGCCAAAGUCAGACACUUAACUGACCGAGCCACCCCAUUGCCCUGGACCUGAGCAUUUUAAAGUUCUCAUCAACAAAUGUCAGUUGUUUAAACCUAUCCUUGCAGAUUCUGGGUCCCCAGGAAAAGGUCUCCAGUCUAGCAUUGUAACCUCAGCGUCUUCAUCCUCAGCAUGCCUUGCACCUGCUCUCAAGGCCUUGCUGCUGGAGGCCAUUCUCUAACAUCCUUCUGCCUCUUUUGACUAAGGACACACUAAUGCUUGGUUCGGGUUUCCCUGUUUUGCCAAGUCAUACCAGCUUGACUCAGCUUUGUUUUCCACCUGCUCAUCAGGGCGACAAGCAUGUAUGCCCCGUGGGAUAAAUGUGUCUUCCUCAGAUGCUUCCAAGUUGUCCUUCUCGGGAGGCAGCCAUGUUGCUCUCUCCCUGCCGCACCCCUGACUUCCAGCGUGCAGUUCAGCCCCUAUGGCUGGCUCCCCUUCCAGAGUUGUUUUCACUUCUUUCUUAAGUCCCUUUUCUGUUUUCUUCUCUUGUUUCUCCUGUCUCGUGUGUAUCUGUGCACAGUGUGUGUUUACUGUCACAAAGGCACAUUUUCAGACCCCUACUCCUGUGGUGACGGACACUCUGAGGGUCCCCAUGGCAGGACUGGCCUUUUCCCAUCAACUCUCAAGCUCUCGCCUUUCCUAUCAGCCUGCUGCCCUGGGCGUUGGAUCAGCUGACCUGGCUUACCCAGUAGUGUUUGCUGCUGGCCUAAACGCCACACACCCUCACCAGCUCAUGGUUCCUGGGAAGGAAGGUGGGGUACCGCUUGCUCCCAACCAGCCUGCCCACGGUGCCCAGGCUGACCAGGAGAGACUGGCAACCUAUACUCCGUCUGACGGGGCGCACUGUGCUGCCACACCUUCCAGCAGCGAGGAUACUGAAACGGUAUCAAACAGCAGUGAGGGCCGGGCAUCCCCCCACGAUGUCUUGGAGACCAUCUUUGUCCGCAAAGUGGGGGCUUUUGUCAACAAGCCCGUCAACCAGGUGACCCUAACCAGUUUGGACAUACCCUUUGCCAUGUUUGCUCCCAAGAAUUUGGAGCUGGAGGAUGCCGAUCCCAUGGUGAAUCCUCCAGACUCCCCACAGACCGAAUCUCCUCUCCAGGGCAGCCUGCACUCGAAUGGCUCCAGUGGGGGCAGCAGUGGCAAUACCCACGAUGACUUUGUCAUGAUCGACUUCAAACCGGCUUUUUCUAAAGACGACAUUCUUCCGAUGGACCUGGGGACCUUCUAUCGUGAAUUUCAGAAUCCCCCUCAGCUGAGCAGCCUCUCCAUAGAUAUCGGAGCGCAGUCCAUGGCUGAGGACUUGGACUCACUACCAGAGAAGCUGGCUGUGCACGAGAAGAAUGUCCGAGAAUUUGAUGCCUUUGUAGAAACCCUGCAGUAAAAGUUGGUGUCCACGGGUACCAGCAGCAUCCCCUUUCUGUGGUCCCAGGAGACAGAGCCUCCCACUCAUCAGCUGCUUCCAUCCCUCAUCUUGCUCCAGGUGGAGGAGAGGCUGGUUUCCCCCAUGGGGACCCGGAAGUCCCUGUUCUGACACCUCCUGGAGACUCCAUGGCAGCAGUCAAGCCCGGUGAUAGCAUUUGAGAGACUCACCCCCUGGCCUUGGAGAUUGGAAGACACUUUAUAACAAAAGGGCCCUCGGCAGGGCCAUCUGCUUCCACCGCCCAUCAGCGACUGGUUCACAAUGGCUGUCAUCCCGUUCCUCCUGCCGGCCCCCUGCCCUGGGUCCUCCGUGCAGCUGGCCCCUUGCUGACUUACCAUCCAGCACUUGACAUUCCAGCUCCUGGCCCAGAGCCUGGCAUGGAGGCAGAAAGAGGAAGGAGACAGUGCUGGGAGGAAGAAGGAAGGGCUCCUUUAGGCUCUUUUUUGGUCCCAUUUGGUUUGAUGUCUUCUUCUCUCUCCUUCCCUGUCUGCGCCCCUGUGCCCAUACUUUUGGCAAUAUGACAGGCCUCUUGCCCAAGGUGGCGAGAACUCCAGAGUCAGCCAUUCCCACCCUUGAGGGUUGUGCCAGCCCAUCUCUCAGCCGAGGCUCUGAGCAGCCCUGGUGGCUGGCUGUGCUCAGCUCCUCAGCUCCAUGGAAGCAGAAUCCUGGGUCUCCAGGAUUCUCUCAUUGGGAGUCACAGCAAAGGUUCUUUUUCUCUCCUUCCUCCCCCUAUUGCUGCUCCUUGGUUAUAAAACACGGUAAAUAUUUAUUACUUUUCAGAGAAAUCAGAUAUUUUAUAGAGAAAAUAUGUUUGAGGUUAGAUGUUUUCACUUGGGGAAGGUGGAGGGCCUCUUCCUGGAGUAGGGCCUCCUCCUCAGGAGGUUCCUCAGAUUCUGGGUUGCUGCUCUGAGGAUCUUCCUUCCCAUAUACAUAAGGUGGGAUCCAAGAAUAGGGCUGGCUGAGGGCAACGGAACCUCCCAGAAUCACUGCACUUGAACUGACGACAGGCUUUACCUUAGACUCCUACAUAUUCCUGGUGAGAGCCUUGAAUCUCUCCCAGCUUCUGCAGAGCAACUGACUCCAUUCUCGCAGCCCAGGAAGUCUUGGGUGCUAGAUGUGUACAACUCUGUGUGUACAACUCUUCAGAGUUGUACAGUGACAUAGAGUGCAAUGUAUGUGCCCCACUGUGGCCCCGGGGAAGGCCAGAGGGGCCCCUCCUUCUGGGGGGACUUGUUUCUGUUUCUCAGGGCUAGGUUAUGGGCCUUUUCCUCUUUCUACCUGGGCCUGGCUACCACCUUUCUUUAAUCCCAGGGUCUGCACCCCGUCCUGAGGUUUACUAGCUGGAUUGGUUCCUUGUUGAGAAACCAAAGCUAGGCAUAUGAUUGACUUAACCGUUUAGGUAUUGUUCCUUGAGUCAGUCAAGCACUUAGCCUCAUCCACCUAUCAUCUCUCCCUCCCCCAGCCUACCCGGUAGUCCUGGCCAAGGGAAACAAGGCCCGCCCCAUUCCUCCUGGCCCACCUGGGCUGUUAUUGGCGGCAGCUGUUCUGCCUUGGAGCAGGUGGUCCUCAGUUGCUUGUUAGUAAAUGCAUGUGACAUCGUUCCCACUGAUAAGGCUCAACUCUGAGGGCUGGAGUGCGCUCUGAGGCUGUCUCAGGUAGGCUGAGUCCUGCUCCUGUUGCAUGCAUUCUGCUGCCACAAAGAAAUGUUCCCAGCAGUGGUGUCCGGCUGGCCCUCCUCUUUUGGGGCCAGAGUGCACCCAUGGCCUGCUAAACCAAUCCAGAUCUACCCCGCAGGCCCCAGUGCUCAGAGGGGUGAAGCCCUGGUAAGCUGUUGAUCACCCCCGCCCCCCACGUCCUGCCACAGCAUCUCAGCCACUGUCCUGAGGCCGAGCAUGGGAAGGCCUGUUAGCCAUUGUCCUCUUUGACUCCUGAUUGUUGGCCUUUGCGGGCAGCAGGCUUUCCUUUAGGACCCUGUCAGUGAGAGGCCAGGGAGGCUGAGCCCUGAGCUGAGAAUGGGAGGAGCAGAGCAACUGUCAAGGCUGGCCCUCAGCCCUCGGCCCCAAACACUGACAGGGGUGACCCCUGGACUGACUCCUGCAGAAGCCCCCGGGACGGGGCUGGGGCCCAUCACCCGUCUCCAGGUGGCAGAGUCCCUCCGCCUCCUCCAGCCCACCUUGUUUGGAAAUACUGAGCUAUACUUUAAAACGUAUUCGAGAGAUUUCCAAUAAAUUUUUUCUGUACUUGA